CGGUCCCGCCCGGCACUUUCCUCUGCAAGAGGCGACCCGAGCGCGGCCGGCGGAUCCGUGCGGGACGCGGAGCCCAGAAACCGCGCGUCCGCGCUUCCCGCACACCGCCCGGCCCUGCGGGCCACUCCGCACCGCAGCCUCGCUCCUGCCCCGCGGUGACCGCAAAGCCUCGCUCCGUACCCGCUGCGUCCUCGCCUCGUCUCCUCUCCGCCCCCGCUCCGUCCAGCUCUGUCCCCGCUGCGUCCCGCUCCGUCCCGCGGUGUCCCAGCUGCGUCCCCACUCCGUCCCCGCCCGCCGAUCCCAGGCGAUGCCGCGCGGCGCCACCUGGGCGCUGCUCUUGGUCGCGGCCCUGGGGCUCGGGGCGCGCGGGGUGCGCGGCGCGGUGGCCCUCGAGGACUUCUACCCUUUCGGCACGGAGCGCGGCGAUGCCGUCACCCCCAAGCAGGACGACGGCGGCUCCGGACUGCGGCCGCUCUCCGUGCUCUUCCCGUUCUUCGGCGCGGAGCACUCCGGACUCUACGUGAACAACAACGGGGUCAUCUCCUUCCUGAAGGAGGUCUCGCAGUUCACUCCCGCGGCCUUUCCCAUCGCCAGGGACCGCUGCGUGGUGGCGGCCUUCUGGGCGGACGUGGACAACCGGCGGGCAGGGGACGUGUACUACCGGGAGGCCACUGACGCGGCCACACUGCGCAGAGCCACGGGCGACAUCAGGCGCUACUUCCCUGAGCUCCCAGGCUUCUCGGCCACCUGGGUCUUCAUAGCCACCUGGCACCGCGUCACCUUCUACGGAGGCAGCUCCUCCUCCCCCGUCAACACGUUCCAGACCGUGCUCAUCACCGACGGCCGGCUCUCCUUCACCAUCUUCAACUACGAGACCAUCACGUGGACCACGGGCACGCACGCCAGCAGCGGGGGCAACGCCACAGGCCUGGGGGGCAUCGCGGCUCAGGCCGGCUUCAACGCGGGUGAUGGGCGGCGCUACUUCAGCAUCCCCGGCUCGCGCACAGCGGACGUGGCCGAGGUGGAGACCACCACCAACGUGGGCGUGCCCGGGCGCUGGGCGUUCAGAAUCGAUGAUGCCCAGGUGCGCGUGGGGGGCUGCAGCCAUACAACCUCUGUGUGCCUGGCCCUGCGCCCCUGCCUCAACGGCGGCAAAUGCAUCGACGACUGCGUGACGGGCAGCCCCUCCUACACCUGCUCCUGCCUCUCGGGCUUCACGGGGAGGAGGUGCCACCUGGAUGUGAAUGAGUGUGCCUCCCACCCGUGUCGGAACGGCGGGACCUGCACGAGUGGCGUGGACGGCUUCAGCUGCCAGUGCCCGGCUGGCUUCGGGGGACACACCUGCGAGACAGCCCAACUUCCAUGUGACGCCAAAGAGUGUGAGAACGGCGGCUGGUGCCAGGCUGAGGGCGGCACCGCCGUGUGCGUGUGCCCGGCCGGCUACACGGGCGCAGCCUGCGAGACAGACGUGGACGAGUGCCGCUCCGGGCCCUGCCUGAACGGAGGGUCGUGCGUGGACCUGCUGGGGAAUUUCAGCUGCCUGUGUGCAGAGCCCUUCCAGGGACCUCGCUGCGAGACAGGAAACCCCCCAGUGUCUGACGCCUGCCUUUCGGCCCCUUGCCAGAACGGGGGCACCUGCGUGGAUGCAGAUGAGGGCUACGUGUGCGAGUGCCCGGAAGGCUUCAUGGGCCUCCACUGCAGGGAGAGAACCCCCCAAGACUGUGAGUGCCGCAACGGAGGCCGGUGCCUGGGGACCAACACCACCCUGUGCCAGUGUCCCCCAGGCUUCUUCGGGCUCCUCUGCGAAUUUGAAGUCACGGCCACGCCCUGCAACGUGAACACACAGUGCCCCGACGGGGGCUACUGCAUGGAGUACGGGGGGAGCUACCUCUGCGUCUGCCACACCGACCACAACGUCAGCCACGCACUGCCGUCCCCCUGCGACUCGGACCCCUGCUUCAACGGAGGCUCCUGUGACGCCCACGACGACUCCUACACGUGCGAGUGCCCGCGGGGCUUCCACGGCAGGCACUGCGAGAAAGCCCGGCCGCGCCUGUGCAGCUCAGGGCCCUGUAAGAACGGCGGCACGUGCAAGGAGGCGGGCGGCGAGUACCACUGCACCUGCCCCUACCGCUUCACCGGGAGGCACUGCGAGAUCGGGAAGCCAGACUCAUGCGCCUCUGGCCCCUGUCACAACGGUGGCACCUGCUUCCACUACAUCGGCAAAUACAAGUGUGACUGUCCCCCAGGCUUCUCCGGGCGGCACUGCGAGAUAGCCCCCUCCCCCUGCUUCCGGAGCCCGUGUAUGAAUGGGGGUACCUGCGAGGACCUGGGCACAGAUUUCUCCUGCCACUGCCAAGCAGGGUACACGGGACGCCGGUGCCAGGCAGAGGUGGACUGCGGGGCCCCCGAGGAGGUGAAACACGCCACCCUGCGCUUCAACGGCACCCGGGUGGGCUCGGUGGCCGUGUACUCGUGUGACCGCGGCUACAGCCUCAGUGCCUCCAACCGCGUCCGGGUCUGCCAGCCACAGGGCGUCUGGAGCGAGCCUCCCCAGUGCCACGAAAUCGACGAGUGCCGAUCCCAGCCGUGCCUGCAUGGGGGCUCCUGCCAGGACCGCGUCGCUGGGUACCUGUGCGUCUGCCGCCCAGGCCACGAGGGCGCCCACUGUGAGCUGGAGACAGACGCAUGCCGGGUGCAGCCCUGCAGAAACGGAGGCUCCUGCAGGGGUCUCCGAGGGGCCUUCGUCUGCCAGUGCCCCCCAGGCUUCACAGGAGUCCGCUGCGAGACAGAGGUGGAUGCCUGUCACCCCAGCCCCUGCCAGCACGGCGGCCGCUGCGAGAACGACGGGGGCGCCUACCUGUGUGUCUGUCCGGAGGGCUUCUUCGGCUACCACUGUGAGACAGUGAGUGACCCCUGCUUCUCCAGCCCCUGUGGGGGCCGCGGCUACUGCCUGGCCAGCAAUGGGUCCCACAGCUGCACUUGUAAAGUGGGCUUCACGGGCAAGGACUGUGCCAAAGAGCUCUUCCCACCAACGGCCCUCAAGGUGGAGCGAGUGGAGGAGAGCGGGCUGUCCAUCUCCUGGCGCCCCCCCGACGGCCAGGCUGCCAGGCAGAUGCUCGACGGCUACGCGGUCACCUAUGCCUCUUCCGACGGCUCCUACCGCCGCACGGACGUCGUGGACCGGAGCCGCUCCUCGCACCAGCUCCGGGCCCUGGCGGCUGGCAAGGCCUACAACAUCUCCGUCUUCUCGGUCAAGCGCAACGCCAACAACAAGAACGAUAUCAGCCGGCCCGCGGUGCUGCUAGCCCGCACGCGACCCCGCCCUGUCGAGGGCCUUGAGGUCACCAACGUGACGGCCAGUGCCAUCUCGGUGCAGUGGGCCCUGCACAGGAUCCGCCACGCCACUGUCAGCAGCGUCCGCGUGUCCAUCCGCCACCCCGAGGCCCAGGAGGAGCAGUCCACAGACGUGGACAGGAGCGCGGACAAGUUCACAUUCGGGGCCCUGCUGCCAGGAAGGAGGUAUGCCAUCUGGGCGACGGCCCUCACGGGGCUGGGGGUGCAGGAGCGUCCCACCGAGAGCCUGGCCUCGGCCCCGCUGCACGUGUGGACCCGGCCUCUGCCGCCAGCCAACCUGACCGCCGCCCGAGUCACGGCCACCUCUGCCCAUGUGGUCUGGGACGCCCCCGCUCCGGGCGCCUCGCUGGAGGCGUAUGUCAUCAAUGUGACCUCCAGCCAGAGCACCAAGAGCCGCUCCGUCCCCAACGGGAGGCUGGUGUCCUACACGGUGCGGGACCUGCUGCCCGGACGGCGGUACCAGCUCUCAGUGACAGCCGUGCAGAGCACCGAGGGCGGCCCGCUGCACAGCGAGCCCGCGCACCUGUACAUCAUCACCUCCCCAAGGGACGGUGCCGACAGACGCUGGCACCGGGAAGGACUGCCCCCGCGGGUGCUCAGAAACCGGCCACCCCCCGCACGCCUGCCGGAGCUGCGCCUGCUCAACGACCACGGUGCCCUCGACACACCGACCCAGGCCCCCAGGUUCUCGGAGCUUGUGGACGGCAGAGGACGAGUGAGCGCCAAGUGGGGCGGCUCACCUGGCAAACGGGUCACUGUGAGAUCACAACCCACCGCGCUGGUGCAGCUUGAGAGCGCAGAGGAGGCCCCCACGCAGGCCAGCCUGGCCUUCCAGCUCCCAGACCGCAGCGGUGACAAGGACACGGAUGGCGCCCCUGGCAACUGUUCAGAAAACCCCUGUCAGAACGGAGGCACCUGCGUGCCCGGCGUGGAUGCCCACAGCUGUGACUGCAGCCCCGGGUUCAAAGGCAGACGCUGCGAGCUUGCCUGCAGAAAGGUGCCCCAGCCCUGCACGCGGCUCUUCUCUGAGACGAAGGCCUUUCCAGUCUGGGAAGGAGGCAUCUGCCACCACGUGUAUAAGAGAGUCUACAAGGUGCACCCAGACACCUGCUUCAGAGAGAGCUGUGAGAGCACCCGCACCAGGAGAACGCCUGACAGGAAACGAAGCAACAGUCCUACACUGGAGAAAUCUUAAGCACGUCCCACCCUCUCCCGGCAAUUCCGCCCCCGUGACUCCCACCUCCCCACACACAAACUCUGUGGACGUCUUCACGCUGGCCUGGAAGCUCCCGGGCGAGAACACAGAGCCCCGGCUGCAGCCCGCCACCACUCCCAUCAACGCGACGACGUCACUGGGGACGCACAGGAGGCUGGCUGGCCCAGGACAGCGCCCCUCGGGCUCCGGACAGGAGCCAGAAGCCGUCCCCCAGGUGUGGGAGAGGUGCCCGGGGGACAAGCAGCCUCGCAGGCAGGGCCACCUCUUCUCAUGUGGCUGAGGGAGCAAAGGAGGCCUUGACGAACAAGCAGAAGAAGAGCGCCGGCCGGCACAGGCUGACACCAAAGAGCAUUCGCCACCGCAAGGGGAGGCGGACGCGGGGACCCGCAGGUCAGGCAGCUGUGUGUCAAACGUGCAAAGCCAUGGCAUUCGGCUCCCGUCGACCCAAAGGCACCCCCUCCCUCGUAACCUCCACGUCCCCAAAACAUGCACUGCAAGGCCGCACGCAGGGCACCCCCACAGAUACACUCUGAGUGUGAAAUAUUUAUAUUGCAGUAAGUCGUCUGAAAGAUAAUAUAUUUUUUAAAAAACUGAUUCAAUAAACCCGUUGCUACACAAACAACUCAAAAACCCUCAACUAAUUGUUAAAUUAUCAAAUACUGGCUUUUAAAGUACCCACUUUGGGGACAAUGGAGAAGACACCAAGAAGCAGGACACAUUCACACCCUCGCACCCAAGAACACGGUGCAAGAAUUCACCUCCAUCGAGGGCCCGGGGACAGCCCAAGCCUUCCGAGAUCCAACGUGUCACCAGCCAAGGGGAGCAGCCUGCAGACUUCAGAUUUAAGCUGCAAUGCUGCCAAGGGACCCCGACACGGGGGCUGCGGCAGUUCUCCACAGCCCACGCCACCCCCACUGCCCCGUCCCUCACAGUGGCAAGGGCCCUCGCGGUGGGCAAGAACUUCAGCUCCUCUGGGGGCAGCGACCCAAGAGCCCCAAGACACGAGAAGCCGCCGCUGGGAAGAGGAGCGGGUCCCACCGGCAUCCCCUCCGGCCCGGCCCGUUGCCGUCUCAGGAGCAGGAUGUUCUUGCUCCGCGGACCAACCUCGCGAGUUUCUACAGCCCAGGCAGGCGGGGUCUGAACCCGGACGGAAAAGGGCCCCCCGAGAGGCACAGUCCUGGGGGCAGAAGCCACGCCUGCACGCUGACCCGGCCGCCGUCUCUGGAGGGUGGCCUCUGCCGCGGUGAGUGCGCCAGGCCUGCCAUGCGGGGCUGUUCCCGGGGAGCUUCUGCAGCCCUCGGAUCCCGAAGUCAGAGAAAGCCUUCUCCCCGGGAGACCCAACAACCAAACCGAGGGACUGCUGCCAACAGCUCCCAGAGCAGAGCCACAGCUGAGGGGCAGCAGAUCCGGCACUCGGCCCGGCGCCCCUCCGCCAGCCAACAGGUUGCUGAUGCCGACCGUCCGCGGGCUGGGAUCCAUCCGAGAGCAGCCGAUUUUGAGAGAGACGACGAAGAGUAGCGCUGAGGCGGAGCUCAGACACCUCUCACCUACGCCCUUUUUGGUCAAGGUCAGAGAGUAAUUACUUGCGGCUUCGCGGACCAAACGGUCACUGCAGCCACGACUCGCCCUUCUUCAGCUGAGGCACAAGUGCAGCCAGGUGCGUGACUGACGGCGCGUGGCUGUGUUCCGAGACAACUCGAUUUACAAAAAACAGGCAGGGCCAAGCCAGCCCACGACCACAGCCGGCGGUGCCCCGGUCUCUGAGGUCGCAGGCUUCAGCCUCUGCAGGGAACGCCAGCCCCUGGUGCCAAGUCACACCAAGGCACCAAAGGCCUCCCAGGUUCCACGGAAGCCCCGCUCCAAGGGCAGCAAGGGCUCCUCCCUGCAAGCCUGGACGCGGCGGAGGCGACCGCGGGGCAGACAGACUGGACGCCGCUGCGAUCUCUUCCGGUCCAGGCUCGAGUCACGCUGGGCUACCGGGGGAGAAGCAGCGUCUUCCCAAGCUGAUCGCGGUGACCACCCGCCGCCCUGCUCUCCAGCCCGCCGCUCCACAGCACCAGCUUCUCCUGCAAGAAGCUAAAACCAAAGAAGCCAAGCCCACCUGUAUCCUGCUGAGCAUCUCAACAGCUGACCCAAAGCAGGGCUCAAGCCCGGCCGGGCGCCUCCCUGGCGCCGCCCAAGCCAGCAUUCCAGCCACAGACAGCCCCUUCCUCGCCUCUUUGAGAGACACUCUCUGCAGAGUUCUGAGGCUUUUCAUUUUUACUAAAGUUUUGCGUGCACAGAUCUGCGUAUUUUCAGAAAGGAGGCACAGCCAUCCAGAGACGUCUCCUCCGGCUUCCAGCAGGUCCCCCGUCUCCAAGGCCCGCUGGGAGGACGCAGGGUUCAGCCAGGGCUCUGAGGCCGAGAGAAUGGAGAGAAAACCACACACACACACCCACACACACCCACACCCCCACACACACACACACACACACACGGCUGCCGACUCCCGCGGUGAUGCCGGGACCUGCCGCCGCCGCCGCCGUGAGGGAUACGGCACCACGAGCAAACGGCAAGAUCGCGGGAAACCACUGGAAGGAGGGGAAACUGCCGCCAGGUGAAUGACCUCGAGCCCUCAGCACGAGGCAGACAGAGCGCGUUCCCAAGACACGGCCACUGAAUCCCCAGCUUGGCGCUGUGCUGUCUUGUCAACCCGUUCUGAUGGCCUCUAAGUUAGAUUCCUAGUAAAAUGACUUCCUGACGCUGCAAGUAUUGUAACUCAUCCUUCCAGCAUUACAAACGAGCCACUGCCUUUUUUGACAUGGCUCCUUAAAAGUCUGUAUCGUCCUUGGAAAGAGCCCGAGCCCACCCGGAAAGACUGACGACGGGAUCCGAAAGUUGUCAGGCACAUGGUUCUGUGUCACCACGAAACGGGGAACCGUGCGCUGCCAACUUAGCCAAGUGCUGAUCAAAAUCUGGGUCGACUAACCACGUCAUUGAGCUCAGACUGAAGACUGUUCGUCCCAACAGAGCCCAAGAGCAACAUCCCAGGUUCCAGGCAGGUGCCGGGCACCCGGAGGCCACAAAAGGCAAGAACACAUGAACACUGAAGUGCCUUCGCCUUCGAGCCCCCCUGCCCAUGGCUGACAAAGACAGUACUUGCACUGGCACACAGGCUGCGACAGGUGCGAACAAGGAAAGCCACGGAGCCCUGCUGCUCGCCCGCCAGCGCCAGCCGGCCGCGCACGUGGCGGUUCACCCAGCUGCCCUUCUUGUGCAGGAUGCAGCUUUCUCUCCGCGCACCCCACGCUCGACCACGGGCCCGGAGGAGGCGAAGGCCUGCACCUCGGCGCCGAAUCCCCACGCCAAACGCAGCUCAAAUCGACCGCGUCCAGGACGGAGGGGAAAGGAACUCUAAAAAUCAGCUCUUCGCUUUGCUUGGAAAUAGAAUUGGCAAUAAGCCCAUUUAAAAGCUUAUGUUCUCAGAGGCCACACGGGCACGCUGCACUGGUCAAGGCCCCCACGCAGGGCUGAGCCUCGGCACUGGGGACACGUCGGGCUGGCGCCUUGCGGUGGGUCUGUCCUGUGACGGGAGGACGCUCAACAGCAGCCCUGGCCUUGACCCACAGAGCCCAAGGGCACGUGCUCCUGGUCCUCGCGGCCAGAGAGGCCCCCGGAGGAUGCCCGACGUUCUCUGGGGCCAAGAGCACCCCUAACUGAGCAAGGCUGAGAGGACGUGCACGGCCUCUUUGAGGAGAACGAGGCCGAGCUCCCGCAGUCUCAUGAAGCGUUAAAAUACCGCAGAGACCCGAGUUCUGGCCACAACCCCGAAGGCAUCUUCUGCAGCACCAAUCCUUGUGCCAGUUCCCCCAAGGAAGGGGUUCCCAGAACACUCUAGGGCGCCCUCCCUCCCGCCAGUGGACCCCUGGCUCACAUGCGCUUCUGCCCCCGACCCCAGCUCACCCACCCUCCUCAGACGCACGGGGCUCCCCCAGGGCACGUCCCCACCCCCCCGGGGUCAGGCAGAGCUCCCCGGGGAGACCAAGCCCAGGCCCCGAGCCCCGCCCACCCGGUGACCCUGGCGCCUGCUUUCCCCUCUGGUCUCAGAAGUGCCAUCUGUGCGGUGUUCUGGCAGCUCCACGGCGGCACUCCGACGCUGCCAGAGGGUCGGGCCGACAGGAGAGGACCCGCGGCACAGGAGCUGGCACGAACGCAGACUCCCUCGGAGCUCAGCAUCAGAUACGGACAAGCAGCCGCGCCUUGCUGGCAUUGAGAAGCCGUGCAGAACAAGGCCACACGUCGCUCGUCCGCCUCCUUCCACGCUGCUGUACACUGAGUGCAGCUACGACGCAAUGAGACGUGCAAAUUCAAAACCUGAGUGUCUCUGUGGACAACCUGUUCCUUGUCUCAUAAAAUAAAGUGCUGCAAUGUCCUAA